UUCAUGAACGUGACGGUGCGGAGCGGGCUGCCUAUGGUGCUGUUGGGCUCGGCCGAGCCCUGUGCCCAGCUGCAUGUCUCCUCUGUCAGCAUGGUGGACUCGGCGGAGCAGAACCGGGGGCACAGCGCCCGCUUCUUCGACUUCCUGACGGCGCAGCUGGGCCUCGGCCCCGAGCGGAUUCUCAUCCGCUUUUACCCAAUGGAAACCUGGCAGAUCGGCAAGGACAGAACAGUUGUGACAUUUCUCUGA